UUUCUGGCAACUGCAACACCCGUGAAACUGUGCUCAUUCGGGAUGGGACGAAUGUUGUGACGAGCUCAGCUUGCGCAGCCACCUCUGGCAACUGGGUCAGUCCUUACGAUGGUGUAGCUACAACCCUUGCCAGCGAUCUGGACAUUGACCAUCUUGUACCUCUGAAAGAGGCUUGGGUCUCCGGGGCCCGUGACUGGACACCCGCCCAACGAGAAGCCUUUGCAAACGAUCUCACGAGACCACAGUUGGUUGCAGUUACCGAUAACUUGAAUCAAGCCAAGGGUUCGUAACGGAAUAUCUUCUUUUGAGGCUGACUGAUUCGCUUUGACUACAGGAGACAAAGAUCCCGCGUCGUUUGUUCCUCCUCUUGCAAGUUAUGUCUGCACUUAUGUGCGCGCCUGGAUCGAAGUGAAACACUAUUACAACCUGACCAUCGACUCGACGGAAAGCACGGCAUUGCACAGCUACAUCAAUGGCUGUUGAAUGUCUGAUUGUAUCAAUUUUAUCCAUCUCAAGGGAAUGUGUCUAUGUUGAAGCCCUUACGUUUCUGUGUUAUCUACUAUCGCAUGGCCUAGAAACCAUCCAGCACUCUCUGCUUCUCAUGCCGUUUUAAGCUUCCAUCAACGUCGGUGCUGGACCGUGCCGGAGAGCAGCAGCUUGGCGGCUUCCGACCUUCUCAUCCCCGCAAGACGCUGAAUGCGGGAACAACAGAUUGCAUAUGGGUCAACUCUCAAAGCAACUUAUCGCCGGCAGACCCAGUGUUGAUAUCUGCAUCCACUCAACGUGGGUCGGGGGCACUAUCUGACUGUUUUCAUGCGGUCCGACUUGUGAGGUUAUUUGCUGCGAGCACUAUUUAUACGCUUGCGUUGAUUAGCGUCCAACGCUGGUCAUUCUAUCGAUGGUCUCUUUCCCCAAGCAUCUUACCGCAGUUGUUUUGCUCGCGGUGCUCGGCACCCCUGCUCUGGCCGCGCUCCCGACUCCGGUCUCGGUUGCCACAGCUAAAACGUAUCUGAGCCAGCUCAAAGUGGCGGUGGACAGCAACUCGCCAGCAUACGCUCGCACGGAAUUCAAGACCUGGGACACGAUCUCCGGAAAUUGCGACACGCGCGAAACUGUUCUGAUUCGGGAUGGGACCAAUGUCGUGACGAACUCCGCUUGUGCAGCUACUUCAGGCCACUGGGUCAGUCCGUACGACGGCGUUGCGACGACACUUGCAAGUGAUCUGGACAUCGAUCAUCUCGUUCCUUUGAAAGAGGCCUGGCUAUCCGGGGCCCGUGACUGGACUGCAGCGCAGCGUGAAUCUUACGCGAACGAUCUCACUAGACCGCAGCUCGUCGCCAUCACUGACAACCUCAAUGAAUCCAAGGGUGAUAGAGACGUUGCAUCGUUUGUCCCCCCUCUGGCUAGCUACGUCUGCACUUACAUUCGGGCCUGGAUCGAAGUGAAACACUUUUACAACCUGACCAUCGACUCUGCCGAGAGCACAGCCUUGCAUAGUUACAUCAACGGGUGCUAAAGAGAAAUGUAUUCAGUGUAUCAGGUGUAAACAUAUCAAUCGACCUCGUUAAGUAACACGUCGCGCGCGUCCAGUGACGAAACACAGGCCCAAACGGAACGUGACUGGCACGACGACUCG